GUUAAACGUGGUAACCUCGUUUUUCGUUUUCCACAAAGUCGCUUGCGCCCGCGGAACGGGGAAGUGUUUAGUUCCCGAAAUCUUACAACGGGAUCAGGAUAAUUUCCGGUUUUCAGCUUUGACUAAAUUUGAUAUAUUUUGCAUUCUUCUUCCUGUAAAGAAUCUUGCCAUAUCAACAUGAAUACUGAAACAAAAGACACAGAAUAUAUGAAGAUUUAUGAUUUUCCACCUAGUCCAUUAGAUGUUUAUAGAAAAAAAGCAUCUUUUAACUGGAAACAGAUGAGACUAGUAUUUAUUGGUAGAGAUAUGAUUGAAUUUCAGACCAGAGUAUGGAAGACUUUAGAAGCAGAUCCAUUAUUUCACAGACUGCCUUCAGCAGAACUCAGUCGACAAGAAGCUCGCCGACUGUGUUUCCAAAGGAUGAAACGUAUAAAAGAAUAUAAAUUUUUUACAGAUGAAGAAUUCAGGGAAAAUCCACUUAUAGCUUUAAAUUUAUAUAUAUGUGUGGGUAUGAUUGACUGGUCCUUGGCUUUAAAAUUGUUACUUGGAAUAGAGUAUUUCAUUAUGGUGUUAAGACUGUCUGGAACUAAAAGAAAUGUUCAACUAAUGAAUGAUGUCAGAGAUUUCAAUGCUAUAGGAUGCUUAGCAUUAACAGAAAUGGCACAUGGAACUAACACUCGAGCUUUAAAAACUACUGCCACCUAUGAUCCAAUAUCGCAGGAAUUUGUUUUAAAUACCCCAAGAUUAGAAGCUACUAAAAUGUGGGUUGGAAAUUUAGGUCAAACAGCCACUCAUGCUGCCCUCUAUGCCCAGUUAUAUACUCCAGAUGGUAAAUGUCAUGGACUUCAUGCAUUCAUUGUACCUAUACGUGAUCCUAAAACUUAUCGUCCGUAUCCUGGUAUAACCGUUGGAGAUAUGGGACCUAAACUAGGUCUUGAAGGAAUAGACAAUGGAUUUAUGUCAUUCCAAAAUUAUAGAAUUCCAAGAGAGUCUCUUCUAAGUCGAACAGGAGAUGUUACUCCUGACGGAAGAUAUGUAACUCCUUUUAAAGAUCCUAAUAAAAGAUUUGGUGCAUCUCUGAGAUCAUUAUCCUUAGGCAGAAUGGGUAUCUUAAGUAUGUCUGUAGCCAAUUUACAGAUGUGCUUGACAAUAGCUAUUCGAUAUGCAGCAAUACGAAAGCAAUUUGGUCCUCCUGGAGAGGAUGAAGUGCCUAUUUUGGAAUAUCAACUUCAUCAAUAUCGUCUUCUUCCUUAUUUGGCUGCAACCUAUGCAUUGUACCAUUUCACUUCAUGUUAUAAUAAUGACUUGAUCAAUAUACAAAUGAAAAUUAUAUUUGGUGAGAAAACAUCUGAAUUGUCAGACCAAGUUGCUGAACUCCAUGCCUUAUGUUCAGCUGCCAAGCCUGUUAUAACAUGGACAGCUCGAGAUGCAAUUCAAGAAUGUCGAGAAGCAUGUGGUGGUCAUGGCUAUUUGCAGGCAAGUGGUUUUGGCCAUCUUAGGAAUGAUAAUGAUGCCAACUGUACAUAUGAAGGAGAUAAUAAUGUUUUGCUUCAACAAACAAGCAAUUAUUUGCUUGGACUUUUAAAGAAAAGAAAUGAGGGAUGUGAAUUUUUGCAUCUUGAAAGUGUCAACUUUCUUGAUCACACGGACCAAAUACUGAGGGAGAAAUUCCGCGCAGUUAUUUUGGAAGAUUGUUUAGACAUGAAAGUUAUUCUAGCUUGCUUCCGAUGGAUAGUUUGCUAUUUAAUGCAACAAAGCUCACGAAAAUUUGAUAAGCUAUUGUCUGAAGGCAGUGAUCCUUUUGUUGCCCGCUCCAACUGUCAAGUUUUCUUUUGUCGAGAGUUGUCUGUGGCAUUUUUAGAGCAUGCUGUACUGCAGAAGUUCUACAACUUUAUCAUUGAAGAUGCAGCUGAGCCUCAGCUCUCCAAUGUUUUGCAUAAAAUGGGUUGCUUGUAUGGUUUAUGGUGUCUACAAAAAUAUUACCCUAUUCUCCAUGAAGGUGGCUUCUGUGAGAGGAGGGAUAACAGUACUGUAAUGAAGCAGGCAAUGUUAAAAUUAUGCUCUGAAUUAAAAGAUGAUGCUGUAUCACUUGUAGAUGUUAUUGCUCCUCCAGAUUUUAUUUUAAAUUCUGCCCUUGGCAAAUCUGAUGGACAGGUUUAUAAAAAUCUCUAUGCUGCUAUUAUUCAGACACCUGGAUCUUUGGAUCGUGCACCUUGGUGGAAAGAUUUUCUGCAAAAACCCAAAGUCCAUUCCCUUCAAGCAAAGUUGUAAUGUAGACAAUUAUAAUCAAAAUAAAUAAUAGCAAGUUGAACUGUUUAAAAAAAAUGCUUAUUUUGUUGUUUAGAAAUGAAUGUUAUACAUAGCAUAUCGUUAACUCUGAUUCAGAGUACUGCAAAAGCUAGAUAGUAUAUUUUUUGACCUAGUACUUAAUCAUGGAAUAUUGCUGGACAUACUUUUGUAAUUGUUAUAUAUUUUGCAAAAUGAAAUGUUUAUGAAGGGGAUAUGUUUAAUGCGAUUUGAACGCACAAAGUUUGGGGGUAAGGUAAUUUUUUAUUACAUUUUUAUGAAAGUCAUUAAUUGAUAGAGACUGCACUUAUUCACCAUGUUAGACUUUUACAUUUGUAUGAGAAAAUCAGAUUGUUCAUGCAUAUUCUAAUCUUUUAAAUGCAUGUUUGCAUAAAUUGGUUAUUAAAAGAAUUUUAAUAUGCUCUGUCAUGAUUUGCUGUGCCUUAAAAUAAAUGGAUUGGUGAUGCAAUGCAUGCCUUCUUACUGUUAUUUAAAAUUUAUAUGAAGUUCAGAAUUUUAUUGCAAUUCCAUUCCAUAAAUAUUUGAAAAAUGUUUCUUUCUCCUAAUAUGUAGUAGUAAAUGUUUUGUCUAUUAAAAAUGGAAUUCAGAUAUUUUCAUUUUCAGUGUUUUCUUAUUUAUAGAAAUUACAAAUGAUUAAUGACUGAAAAUAAUCAGUACUUGAAAAAUUUGAUUGUGUAAUAUUUUUAAAUACUUUGUAAUGCAAAUAUGUUAGUAUUGUACACCUGUUAUUUAAGUGAAAAAGAAAAAAAAAAGUUUAGGAUAUUCUGCUUUGAGAGUAUAACUAAUUUUACUUGAUUUAUUUGUAUGCUGUUAAAAAAUAUAGAAAUAUUGAAUGAAAUAAAGUUUUUUUUAAUAAUACAUUUAAUAUUCACAAAAAAUAACUGCUACUUUAUGUAUGAUUGAAAUUGUGAAAUAUUAUAUAAAAUGCUCAGAUUGUUACAAUUUUACUAAAGAUUAUCAAGCAAGAUUAUGUAUUAAUUUAAUUCAUUUUACAUAAUAGUUGAUGAUCCAAUGCUUGAUUUCAAAUUAGUAAAUUAGCUUUUUCAAAUCUUUAUUAUUCUUACAUUUCAUUUUAUAUGCAUUUUCAUUAUUUAUACAUUUCAUAUUAUUUAUUCUUGUCUUUUUAUUUCUUUCUUUAGUCCCAGUUUUUAACAUUUAAGUUGGUAAUGUUUACAAUGUUGUUGUCAGCAUUUAAAAGUGUGUAUAAUUUGUGUGCCAAAAUUGUACACUUGGCAAAUUUAAAUUCAUUGUUGAAUUUGUUUUUAUAUUAUCAUAAAGUUCUUUUAAUAAUGCAAACUUAUUAAAUUUUAUAUUUUUUCUUAAAAACAUUUUUCUUUAAAUCUCAUCAAUUACUGACAUCUAAAUCUAAUCUUAAUUUCAUAUUCGGUUUUCAAAUCUUUUGUAUAAAAACCUGUUUAUAGAAAUAUUACAGCAGAUGGGAUUUUAUUUUAUCAACAAAUUAUCAAGUAAAUAAUCUAUGAAUAUUUGUUUGUUAACAAAUGUGCAAUAAAUUUAUGUUGGGCUUGUUUGUUAAAGUACUUUUUGACUUCAAUAACGAGAUGAAAAAGAUAUAUGACUGCAAUUUCCAUACCUUUAUAAUUGGAAAAAUUUUAUCUAUCUUUGGCAUUUAUUACAAAUGAAAAAUUCAAUGCAGUUUGGGUGUUGAAUGACAUAAUCUACCUGGUAUAAAUUGUUCUAUACAUUAGUUUAAGCAUAUACAAGAUACAAUAUAAUGAAUGUUUAGACUCAUCUGUUGAACAAAAAGAAUUAAAAAAAGCAGAUGUAUGCAAUCUGGUAUGGUGGUGACAAAUUGUGAUUGAAAUCAUUAAAUAAAAUUUGCAAGUUUUGAGAAAUAUUGAAUGCUGUAGAAACUGUAAUUUACUAUUGCAAAAGGUGUUUUUUCUUUGAGGGGGGAAUAUUAAUUUACCAGAAAUUAAUUUUUUUUAAAGUAUACACAUUCAUCAGAAACCUUUUUUUUUUUUUUUUUUUUAUGUGAAUUUUAACACUACUUAUUUUUUUUCCGUGUGUUUCUGAACAGAUGGUAUUUAAUAUCCAUUAUAUUGUGCAUAGGGCAGGUGAAUAAAUAAGCUUUUCUAAAAAACUGUGCUCCUGAAAAAUUAGCCUGCAUUAUUUGUAUACUAAAAUAAGCUGAGAUUUUUAAUUCGAACAUUUGAAAGUAAAUUGAAACAUUUGAUAAUAAAUGUGACAAUUUGCAAGGUAAAAAAAAUACUGUGUUUAUGCAAAAUAACUUUCUCUUGCAUGAUGGAAAUGACAUUUCUCUCUUUAAAUGCAUUGAAUUUUUUUUAUGUGACAAUUUGCAAGGUUAAAAAAAAACUUUUCAAAUCGCUGAGCCAUACAUAUAUGCAAGUCAUGAUAUCUUUAACAUAGAUACGCAUUUUAAAACGUGUCCAAAAAAUUGUAAUAUUAUACAAAUGUGCCGCGUAGAUGAAACGUAGUCAAAGUACAAAAUGAAAGGGUCAUUUUAGAAUUAUAAUCAAAAUAUCGCAUAUUCAUAGGCCUUUUGAGAACUUAGGUUUUUGAAACCAAACCAUUGGCCACUUGGAGGAUUAAUUUGCUUUUGUAUAAUUUGUGGUACAGAUGCUUGAAAUAAAUACAGCUUUCAUGAAUAUAAUAUUAAUUUUUUAGUAACUUUUUAAAGAUUCCAAAUAAAAUUUUGAAUUUUUAAGGAAAUUUCAUUGCAUGCUUGAAGAAAGUGGGCAUCGUUAGUCCUGAUACUUUUCAGAAAAUUAUUUAAAAAAAGGAAUUAAAACCAUUUUGCAUGAAAUGCUCAACUUGGGGAAGGAAGAGAGAAAAAGGGGAAAAAAGAAAUAUUAUGAUAUUAGUCAUUCUACUAAUAGAACUUUUUCAAUUUAAAAAAAAUAUUUUUUUAUAUAUUGAUACUGAUAGUUCACAUAUUGAUACUGAUACUCACAUACUGAUAUUGACACUGAUAGUUUUGAUUUUCAGAAUAGGGUUAUAAAUAAGCAUUAACCAGCUUCAAUGUGUAAUGGUUUAUGCUUAUUUUCCCAUUCAACAAUUGCAAGGUUCAAAUUCUUGUUCAAAUAUGGUAAAAUUAUUAAUAAAUAUUUGUAUAUGAUCAAAAAUCAAAUGUUUUUUAUCUGAUCACUUGUUGAGAAAAAUAUGUACAAAAAACUUAAAAAGUUAGUUAAAUGCAGUAAACUGAAAACACUGACCAUAAUAAAUGACAUAUAUCUUUAUAUAUGUGGAUAAUUUCAAAAGGUAAGAAUUUUAUUUAUUCAGACAUCAUAUAUAUUAUAUGUGACACAUGUUAUAUUAUUGUUUAUUAUCUUGAAAUGCUGGAUGUUCCUAAGAAUGAUUUGAAUAAAAAUAAUCAUUAUAGAAGCUCUGUUCAUGACUAUGACUAAAUUAUACAUUGUCAUUACAUGUAUUUAUUGUAAAAUAAGAAUUGUAUAUUGCAUUUCUGAAGGUGAUAUGCUAGUCAAAUCUUAUGUAAAGGUGAUCUGCAUCUUCUUUGAUGCUUGCUUAACAAAUUCCAGUAUUAUCUAUACUAAAUAAUGUUUAUGUGAUAGUAAAAAAUUAUAUUAAGAUGCUUCAUCAUUAAUUACAACAGUACAAUACUGUCUGAAGAAAAAGACAAUUUUUCUUCAGACAUUCAUAUAUGUAUUAAAUAUAUAUUGAAUAAUAAAUCAGUAUAUCAUAUUGGGCUGAAUAUAGGUAACUUCGCAUAAUAAAAGAAUUCUGAAGGUAUUUUUAGGAGAAGAAAAAGCAGCAUUUAAAUAUAAGGCAAUCUUACAUAUAUGAGCUUGAUUUGGUGAAAGUAUUCAACAAGAAAAUCAAUAUGGCAGAAAUAAUAGAGUUUGAAAAAAUAUUUUUUCUUAAAUGUAAAAAUUAAGAAAUAAGUACAAAUUAUCUUAAUGUAUUCUUUGAAUGUGAUAUGUGAUUUUCAGAAAUACAUUUUAAGGGUGGGGGGAAUACUGUAAAUUCAAGCCAAUAUGAUUUUAAUUAUAUGUCUGUAUUAUUAUUUCUGGUGUGUAUUAUUGGGCUUUGUUAUUUACAUGCUUCUAAUGUUUACAUUGCAUUAAUAGCUGUUCUUAAUAAAUUAAUAAUUUUACAG